CGCGUUUACCAUUGACAAUUCAUUAUUUUCGUUUUUCUUGACGCUAAGCAGUUUAUUAUUGUCGUUUAUAUUAAAUCAUUUUAUUAAUUAAAUAAGUGUAAAAUCAAAUAAAAACCAUCAAGUUACGCUAUAAAUGUAAUUACUUUUGAGACUUGUGUUGUUGAAGUAGUGACGGCCGGCAAAAUGCUUGAAGUGGGCGAUUUUAAGAAAAUGCAAAAAAUUGGUGAAGGCACUUAUGGUAUCGUUUACAAGGCAAAGGAUACGAAUACAGGCCGGGAUGUGGCGCUAAAAAAGAUACGUUUGGAUAGUGAAACUGAAGGCGUUCCAUCGACGGCAAUACGUGAGAUAUCACUGCUUAAGGACUUGACACACAAUAACAUCGUACAACUCUUCGAUAUAGUCGUGGCGGAUUCGAGUUUGUACAUGGUCUUUGAAUACCUUAAUAUGGAUAUGAAGAAAUUGAUGGACAAAAAGAAGGAUGCAUUCACGCCAAAGCUUGUGAAGAGUUACAUGCACCAACUGCUGGAUGCUCUAUGCUUCUGCCACACAAAUCGCAUAUUACAUCGUGAUCUCAAACCACAGAAUUUAUUGGUCGAUACCGAGGGCAACAUUAAGUUAGCCGAUUUCGGUUUGGCACGCGCUUUCAAUAUGCCAAUGCGCGCUUAUACGCACGAAGUGGUAACGCUGUGGUAUCGUGCACCCGAAAUACUGCUGGGCACAAAAUACUAUGCGACAGGCAUGGAUAUCUGGAGUUUGGGUUGCAUAUUUGCAGAGAUGAUCAUGAAGCGUUCGCUGUUUCCCGGCGAUAGUGAAAUUGAUCAAUUAUAUCGCAUAUUCCGCACAUUGGGUACACCGGAUGAAAAUAUCUGGCCGGGUGUUACACAAUUACCCGAUUACAAAGCGAAUUUUCCACGUUGGGAGAAAACGAAUAUACCUGAAGUGCUGUUGAAGCACGAAGCUUUUGAUCUCUUUAAGAAUAUGAUGCUUUACGAGCCGAACGAACGUAUAUCGGCGAAAAAUGCAAUGACUCAUCCGUACUUCGAUGAUGUUGAGCACGAGAAAUAUGUUGAACUGCCUGUGGAUACGCCUUAGAUUACUCUAGUGUAGAUUUUCUAAUUUAUUACAAUUUUAGCUAAUUUACUGUUUUAUGUGAAUAAGUAUAAUUAAAAUAACUGCCGUUUUUUUAGCACAA